AAAAGAGAUUGAAGUUACAGAAAUGAGUUAAGAGGUUAAUGAUAAAAGUCCAGAGUCAGGAUGACUUGAACUAAUGAUGUAACAGUGAAAAGAAAGCUGAGGGAGGUGGUAGAAGACACAUAAAGAGAAGUGAAUAAUUGCCAAAACUCGGAAGCUAGCAAGAUGUUCACCAGUAGGUGAAUGGAUAGAUGAACUGUGGUACCUCCAGAGAAUGGCAUAUUACUCAGCACUAAAAAGAAAUGAGCUCUCAAGCCAUGAAAUGACAUGGAGGAAAUUUAGGUCAUGUGGAUACUCAAUCAAAGAAGCCAAUCUGAAAAGGGUACAUACUGUAUCAUUCCAACUAUAUGACAUUCUGGAAAAGGCAAAAAAGAUUAGUGGUUGCCAGGGUGAGUUUAAGGGAAAGAAUGUUAGGAAUAGGUGUAGCACAGAGGAUUUUUAGGGCAGUGAAAAUACUGUGUGAUAGUAUAACAGUGGAUAUGUGUCAUUACACAUUUGUCAAAAGCCAUAGAAUGUACAACAGCAACAAUGAACUGUAAUAUAAGACUUUUGGUUAUAAUGAUGUGCCAGUGUGGGUUCCUUGAUUGUAACAAAUGUACCACUCUGGUGGGGGAUAAUUGUUAAUAGUGGAACAGGCUGUUCGUGUUUGGGGAGGGAGAGAUAAUGUGAGAACUCUCGGUGCUUUCUACUUAAUUAUGCUGUGAACCUAAAACAUCUCCAAAAAAAAAAAAAAUGCAUUAACUUUUAAAAAGUGAAGUGAACGGGUAUUUGAGAACAUGAUUGGGAGUUUAAAAAGGGAUAAUAAAAGGCAUGCUAGGGCACCUUGGUGGCUCAGUUGGUUAAGUGUCUGCCUUUGGCUCAGGUCGUGAUCCUGGGGUCCUGGGGUCAAAGUCCCACAUCUGGCUCCCUGCUCUGCAGGGAGCUUGCUUCUCCCUCUGCCUCUCUUUCUCUCAUGAAUAAAUAAAAUCUUUAAAAAUAAAUAAAAAUUAAAAAAAUAAAUAAAAGGCAUGCUAAGCAGAGUUGAGAGGGUAUUAGAAGUGAGCAUGAAUUUUGUAGUGACCUUGUAGGAAUUUUGUGGAACAUUUGAACAGAAGGGGCCAUCUCCCUGGCAUAUCACUAAGAGGAAUUUGAUAAUUAUUCGGUGAAUGAAGUGAUUUCUGAGUCUUCCUUAAUAUUCUCCCCACAUUUCGUUUUCUCUUGCUGAUAACACUAGAUGGAAAAAUAAUAAGUUAACUGAAAGUAUUUCAUUAAAAAACGAACAAACGCUAGAUGAAUUGGUGAAUAGGAUGAGUUUGGUGAUAAGAGACCACGUCACUUGUCAUUAAAGCUAGCAGCUGCCAGUGUUUUAACAGAAGAGCCUUUCAGUCCGACUUCCACAAGGACAGUAUUUAAUGUAAAGUACUGGUUUAGAUUAGCAUUGGCAUAAAGUUGGUUGGCAGAAAGCAAAAGAAGAAACAAAACUCUCCAAAGAAAAUAGGUCAGCAAUAAUAACUGAGUGAUUAUGUGAUAAGCACUGUUCCAAACUCUAUACAUUAUUGACUAAAUCCCCACAACAGCCCUGAAAUAGAUCCUGUUUUGCCUACUUUAUAGAUAAGGAAACCAAGAUACUUCACAAGAAAGUGGCAAGGUAGAGAAUUCAAACUAUGCCAGUCCACAUUCCAGAACCCAAGGGUUUAACCACUAUAUGAGAGUUCAAAAGCUAGACUGUACUUUGGGAUCAUCUGGGGAGAUUUAACCAAAUAUGGAUCCCUAGUCCCCACCCCAAACUAAUGAUAUCAAAAUACCUGGAGUUGAAACCAGACAGAGAUUUUAAGUGUCUCAUGUGAUUUUUCACAGGCCCCAGGGCUGAAAACCACUACUCUAUGCAGGACUGCCUUUCAAAAAAAUGCUCUACAUUUAGCAGGCAAUUGCUCUCUUCUUUAAGCAUUAAGAUAAUACCAAGAGGUGUACAAAAUAGUUUCUGCCCUUACGAAAUUUAGUUGGAGAGACAGGAACUCUAGAAAAAAAUGAUAAUAUUUAAAAUAGCUUAAGUUUUAUUUUCUUGGAAUUCAAACAGGAAAUAGAUCUCUACAUCUGGAUGGUGGUAAGCAGAACAAGGGAGUGUUUAUUGAGAAUAUGAUCUGGGCUCGCUUUAUGCUAAUCCAAUACAAGAUAAUCCUGAGAGUUACCUGUUGUAUCUGUCUCAGAAAUGAAUAAACUGGCUCAGAGAGGUUAAGGCCACACCCCUAAUUGGUGGUAGAAGUGGUGUAUAGGUCUUUCAGUGCCAAGUGCUUCUUCCACCAUCACAGUCUGCCGUAAGAGAGCCAGGAGAAUGUAGGACAAAUUGAGCCUUAAUAGAUGGUGCAACUGGAAGUGGGAAGAAUGUGAGGCUGAGUAGGGUGGUGUAUGAAAAGGGAACAGAAAAAGAUACGGUUAUAAUGGGAGAUUGGAGGCAUAACACAUGGAUAAGUGAUACAUACAAAUAAGUUUUCAGAAUGUCAAAUUUGGUAGAACAUUAGAAGAGGAAGGAAAAUUAUGUAAGAGACCAUUUAAAUAACCCAAAUGAAUAUGAAUAUCUAAACAGUAUAGUGCAGUAGGAUUGUAAAAGGAUAGACCAGUGUGGAAGACAUGGAGGACUAAUUGAGUUUGAUAUGGAAAGAUAAAUUGUGCUGUGUAAAAAUAAAACAAGAACAGCUUCUUUUCCCCUCCACGAAUGGACACAGACUCAACAAGAUCAACAUGUUCCUCUUGAGAUCCACUGGGAAGGAGUCUUAGCCACAUGACCAUUCAUUUCUCACUUCUCCAGAAACAUUAAUGGUAGAGAAGGAAGUGGACAUGUUCCAACAGUAAUGAAUCCUUUCUCAUCAGAACACGAGAUGACCAAAAUACCUAAGUGCUGCAGCAGCAGCUGUGGCCUGCAUGAACAGGGACUUCUACUCCCUCCACUUUGACCUCAGUCUGUACUUUCUAAUUGAUUACAUUCUUCUUUCCAGCUUAUCUCUUGACUCAGGCAAAAGACCCAGGGGCAAAGCAUCCCUUGAUGAGGACCCAAAACUAUUCCCUCAAGCAACAGGGACUGCCUUUACACCAGCAAGAGAGCGACUGACCUCACCUUUACUGCCUGCCUGCACGUACCCACCAACCUUUAUCCCACAUUUUCCUUACGUAAACCUGAAAGUAUUUUCAGCACUUUGGAGACAGUCUUUGAGAUGAUGGCAUAGUAAAUCCAACAAUAAGAAAAGAUUUGAAAACUGUACCGAAAUUCUACUGUUGUCCAAUUGAAGGAUGCCCUAGAGGCCCUGACAGACCAUUUUCUCAAUUUUCUCUCGUAAAACAGCACUUUAUGAAGAUGCAUGCUGAAAAGAAGCAUAAGUGCAGUAAGUGCAGCAAUUCCUACGGCACGGAGUGGGACUUGAAAAGGCACGCCGAGGACUGCGGCAAGACCUUCCAGUGCACGUGCGGCUGUCCCUAUGCCAGCAGAACUGCGUUACAGUCCCACGUCUACCGCACUGGCCAUGAGAUCCCGGCAGAGCACAGGGAUCCACCUCGUAAGAAAAGGAAAAUGGAGAGCUGCCUGCCCAGCCAGAAGUUGUCCAGUAAGCCCACUGAGUCCUUGAGCACCCAACCAGUUCCAAGAUCAGACACUCAAGAACUGGAAACUUCAGAUAUAAAGCUGGUCGCUUCUUUUGAAGACUCUUGCAGCUCUAAUGCUGGAAAGCAGACUCUUACAACACCUCCGAGAUACCCUCAGAAGUUGCUUUUACCCAAGCCCAAAGUGGCUGUGGUGAAACUUCCUGUUAUGCAGUUUUCUCCCAUGCCUGUCUUUGUGCCUACAGCCGACUCCUCCGCCCAGCCUGUGGUGUUGGGUGUCGAUCAUCAGGGUUCUGCCCCGGGCGCUGUGCACAUACUGCCCUUGUCAAUCGGAACCCUGAUCCUCGGCCUAGAUUCAGAGGCUGGCUGUCUUAAGGAAAGUCUCCCUCUUUCAAAAAUUGUAAGUCCUGUUGCUAUGGAACCAGUUAGUACAGGUGUUCAAGUGAACUUGGGGAAGAGCCUGUCUAAUCCUUUACAAGAACUAGGGAACACAUACCAGAAGAACAGCAUUUCUUCAAUCAACGUACAGACAGACCUGUCUUACACCACACAACACUUCAUACCUUCCACACAGUGGGCUGGGCCUGAUUCCUCUGUAUCGUCUUGUUCUCAAACAGAUUUGACGUUUGGUUCUCAAGUCUCCCUUCCCAUCAGUGUUCAUACUCAAACAUUUUUGCCCAGUUCUAAGGUGACCUCAUCCAUAGCUGCUCAGACUGAUGCGUUUAUAGAUGCCUGUUACCAGUCAGGCGGGAUCUCCAGAGAAACCCAGACCAGUGGAAUGCAAGGUCUGACAGAUGACCGAGUACAGAUGGACCAGGCUGUUAUGGGUGGAGACAUUUUUGGGAGCGUCCAUUCAUCCUACGGUGUUUCUGCAGACAGCAUUAUAAGCAGCAGCUUAGUAGCAGAGACCGUCGCUCAUGAUUUGUUACCUCAGAACCACCCUAAGACUUUACAUCAAGAUCUUGAGAAAUCUGCACCAAUUAUAAACUUCAGUGCACAGCACAGUAUGCUUCCUUCACAGAACAUGACAGAUAACCAGACCCAAACUAUAGACUUAUUAAGCGAUUUAGAAAACAUCUUGUCAAGUAAUCUGCCCAGUCAGACACUGGACAAUCGUAGUCUUUUGUCUGACACGAAUACGGGACCUGACCCCCAGCUCCCAUCUGGCCCAACCCAGAAUCCCGCAAUCGAUUUUGAUAUUGAAGAGUUUUUGUCCGCCUCAAAUAUCCAGACUCAAACUGAAGAGAGUGAGCUUAACACCAUGACCACCGAGCCUGUCUUGGAAUCACUGGACAUAGAGACCCAAACGGACUUCUUCCUUGCAGAUACAUCUGCUCAGUCCUAUAGUUGUAGGGGAAAUUCUAAUUUCUUAGGCCUUGAAAUGUUUGACACGCAGACACAGACAGACUUAAACUUCUUUUUAGACAGUAGCCCCCACCUGCCUCUGGGAAGUAUUCUGAAACACUCCAGCUUUUCCAUGAGUACUGAUUCAUCUGACACAGAGACCCAAACUGAAGGAAUGUCCAGUGCUAAAAACAUACCUGCUGUAGAGAGCAAAGUUCAGUUGAACAGUACAGAAACACAGACCAUGAAUUCUGGCUUCGAAACCUUGGGGAGCUUGUUCUUCACCAGCAACGAAACUCAAACAGCCAUGGAUGACUUUCUUCUGGCUGAUUUGGCCUGGAACACAAUGGAAUCUCAGUUCAGCUCUGUAGAAACCCAGACGUGUGCGGAACUACACACGGUCUCCAACUUCUAAAAAUGAAGUCCGAGCGUGCACCAGCGUUUAUGAUUUCCUUCUGGGUUUGGAAAAUGGAGAGUGGGACAACAGUGUUAACACUAUUGAAUGUAGUUACUGAUGCAUUUACUUCAAUUCUUGGAGGGUCUUUGCCUUUUGUACUUGUAAACAUGAAAUUUGUGUAUAAAUGUGAGUGUAUUAUAAAGUGUAAGAUGUUGAUCUAAAAAUAGUUUCUGUUGCCUACAUUUGCCCUGUCACAGUGAGUCUUCCCAUCUUAAAAACACAAGUGUAUUUCACACCUUUCAAGCCCAUCUAGCAAUUAGCCGAAGCCAAGCUUACCAGGUACUAGGGUACAGACUUUUCAGAUCUUCAAAACAUUUCAGUGGAAAUGUGUCUUGCUUAACUUAAAUUGCACCGACAAUAUUUGACAGUGUUUGUUAGAAAUUCCUGUUUCCUGAUAGUAAAUCUAAAGAAAUCGGAUGCCACACAUCAGAUGUAAGCUCCAGCGCUUCAAUGGCGUGGGACUCAUGCUGCCUGCGGCUUCAUCUGCUUUGACAUCUCACUUUUUUCUCCCUUGAAGACAAAUGAGAACUACAGCUGUCUAGCUUUUGAGACCAUCUUCAUGUAGUCAGUGCCAUUCUUCCUCUACAUGAACUAUUGCUGAUACCAACCCAAGUGUACAGUACUUUUGUCACAAGACAUGUUGCUGUAAAAUUACUGCUUCAAGAAGUAGCGGCAAGCACUUAAUGUAAAUAGUCUGAGUAACCGUAUGUCAUUCCAGCCGUGGACACUCAUACUGGAGUGUGCUCUGGGAACAUCCCUCCUGCUCUCCCCAGUAGGUGAGGGUCGUGCUCCCACAGCUGCUUCUCAAAGUGUACCCGUAGGCUGGAUCUGAGUUUUGUCUCUCUACAUGUUAAAAAAGAAAAGGGGGGGGGAGAGAAAAGGACAUCCCCACCUGCUAAGUUUCAGUGUAAGUUGUUAGGGCAAGUGUGCAAUCAACAAUUAUCCUAAAGUGAAUCUUCUCAUCCACUUCUCAUCUUUUCCUUGAAUAAGGAAAGACAUUGGCCUAGCAAGGAUGUUAUUUGUGCCUUGAGGAUAGCAAGUAUAGAACAGAUCCACCUAAAAUAAGGUAUUCUGCAUUUUGUUGCUUUAUUUGUUUAGAUGGCAAUACCAGUGUUCAAAAAAAGAGGUGAAGACCAGUUAUUUCAGUAAUCAAGAACAUCCAUGUUUUUAGAUGGGAGCAUGGUCAUAUGUGCUUUGGAGGUUUACUGUAUUUAGGAUUGUUGUCCAACUUUCAGUCAAGGAAAAAUCGGUGCAACCUGUACAUUUUCUAAGUUUAUUAAGAAAAAGUUCCUUCUGUGGCACAUGCUUAUUCUGCCUUCAGCAGAAGGCAAAAUCCUCAAAACCUAAGGAGUAGACUAAUAACCCCAAGUACAUAGAUGAUGUUACUACUAAUUCCUAUCACGUAGAAGAAUAGUUGGUAGUGAAUAAAUAACAUAUCCUGAAGAGAUGAACCCAACCUGGUACAUAAGAGUUUGCUUUGGUCACAGUGGCCUAUGACUAUGGGUUUCAAAACAAACAUAAAGCCUUAACUUAGAAUUUCAUUGUUUUAGAAUUGUCACUGCCUUAAUGUUCAAACAUUGAUUUCAGUUCUCCCAGUAAAGGAGAAGUGCAUGUUUGUUUAUGGCUUUUUUGUAAAUAUAAAUGCAGUGAUCUUUGGCUUUAAAAAAAUUUGUUUCUGUGAAAAUGUUUGAUAAUCCAGCCAAUAGAGUUAUUUACAGAACAGUUGAGCAUGUCAUAGUUCUUCAUGUACAAGAACUGUUCCCUCUCAAAACCUUAGUUACCUGAAUUGUCCUAAGAUUAUUCGUAAAAACUGAAAUUCAGUGAUUAAAGAGAAGUGAGAAUUCUA